UCCAAUCUUCUGUGAGCGUGCGUGCGAGCGAGCGAGCCUGCGUGUGUGAUGGAUACGUUGUCUUUGACGAAUCAGCCAUGGGGUGUCAGGUUCAGUCCGACGGACGAGGAAAUCUUCCAACGGUACCUGAUGCUAAAGAACAGUGGGAAUGAAGAAGAAGUUGGCUUCAUUCGCGAAGUUAAUUUCUUCAAACGGGAGCCCUGGGAGUUGCCUGAUUACUCCGGCAUAGAGACAAUUACAAAGGAUCAAGAGUGGUUCUUCUUCUCGCAACUUGAUCUGAAGAACCGGAAUGGGAAUCGGUUGAACAGGAAGACCGAUGCUGGGUACUGGAAAGUAACUGGUAAGGAUCUCAAAAUCUCGUCCGUUGACGGAGAGAGCUUGAUUGGAAAGAAAAAGAUACUGGUUUUCCAUGAGGGGCGUUCUCCAAACAGCAAAAUAACUGAUUGGGUCUUGCAUGAGUACCACGCGACCCGGACGGAGCUUCAGGGCACCAACCCCGCUCAGAAAACCUUUGUCCUCUGUCGUUUAUUCAAGAGACCUAACAAUAUUAAUGGUAGCAAAGGUCGAAAGCGAAAGUACUCUACCAAAGCUAGACCUGCCAAGUCUAAACCAGCUGCUCGUGCUUCAGUAUCUCCACCAUCAGUUAAUUAUAAUGAGGAAGUUGACAAUCAUGUCACAAGAUGCUGUCCUAAUGGAACGACGACAUCUUCAGUUUCUACAGCAUCAUCAGUUGAUGAGGAAGGUGAUCACAAUCAUGUCACAAGAUGUUAUCCAACAACAACUUUUGACGGAAAGACAUCAAACACUAAAGCAUUCAGUACCGAGUGUAACCACAUUAGUGAAAAAGCGUUCACUAAAAAAGAUCAGGUGGGCGAAGGAAUGGUUGAUGAUGAUCAUGAGGCGGUAGACUCAACUAUGUCCGGUGUCCCACCAGAGCUACUAGAUAUAGAUCGGAGCAAGCCCUUCCACUCGCGGAUGCAUCCUCUUUGCAUGCCUUUCUCUGUCGCAGAUGAUUCAAACUACCGUGAUGAUGAGGUGCCUUAUCAAUAUGGCACGAAUGUCACAAGAUGCUGUCCUGAUGGAAAGACGACAUCUUCAGUUUUUCCAGCAUCAUCAGUUAAUGAGGAAGGUGAUCACAAUCAUGUCACAAGAUGUUAUCCGACAACAACUUUUGACGGAACGACAUCAAACACUAAAGCAUUCAGUACUGAGCGUAACCAAUGUAGUGAAAAAGCAUCCACUAAAAAAGAUCAGGUGGCCGAAGGAACGGCUGAUGAUGAUCAUGAGGCGGUAGACUCAACUAUGUCCGGUGUCCCACCAGCGCUACGAGAUAUAGAUUGGCGCAAGCAGUUGCCCGUGCUGUCGCCCGACCAUCCUUUUUACGUGUCUUUCACUGUUCCCGUUGAUUCAAACUACUGUUAUGAUGUGCCUUAUCAAUAUGGCACGAAUGAUGGAGCCGCCUUAUUCUCUGAGAUAUGUGGUCCAAUGGAUAUUGAUUAUCCGGAUGCGUUCCCUCAGAAUGAUCCCAGCAGUCAAGAGAAUCUUCCUUAAGCGGAACCGGAUCCUCUCCAUUUCAAAUCACGGCUAGGAUGGCUUAAAAACAAUCUAAAGCCUUUAAAGUGCCACGUAAUAAGCUGCUACUUAUAACGGGGGUUCUGAAAAUAACAAAACGUUAAAGUUAUUAGAGUUGAAAUUCCUCUUCCUUCCCAGAGGAUAUAGACGGUCACUCUCCCUGAUCGAUCCGCGAGGCUGAGAAUUAAUGGAGUUCUUCCACAAGGUGUUCGGGACAGUCACUGUCCCUCUCUUUCUCUGAGAUUGAUUUGUGAGGCCGAGGAUGGAGCUCUUCCACAAGGUGUUUGGUGCUCUCGCUAUCCAUCUCAAGAUGUGAUGUACAAAUGCAGUGAUAAAUAAUGGAAUAUUGAGGAAUGAGGACCCUCUUUAUGAA